AUGAUGGAGUUGAUGCUAUUAUUGGCUGUACUUGGCUGUACUGUUCUCAGUGCACCGUUACCAGCCCUGGAAGAACAGUUCAAUCUGCCUGGUUUCAAUAUAAAGCAAGAGAAACAUGAAGAGAAAUUCGCCCGAGUCGAUCAGAACAAGGACAAAAAGUUGGACUUCAAUGAAUUCCUACAUAUGGAGCUAGCCUAUGUCGAAGCCAAGAAGGAAGAAUUCGAUUCACUCGACAAAGACAAGGAUGGAAUCGUUACGCUGAAAGAAUACGAGGAACAUUACCAUGGAGUAACUAGCCGAAGUGAAGCCAGACGAAGUGAAUACUUCGCCAACGUCUUCCACGAUUUCGAUGAAGACUUCGACAUGGCACUCAAUCAGAAUGAACUACAAAGAGUCCUUGCCGAACGUUUCCUAGUGAAACCUCGUGAGAAUUUCCCCAAACUCUUCUACUCCUACGAUCAUGACCAUAGUGGAGGACUGGAUCUGACUGAAUACAUGAAAUUCGAUGCCACCUUCCCAUUCGAACAGACUGAUCCUAUCUCCAGCGACCUGACAAAACUUGCAGAACCCUCGGGAAAGAAGGCCUCAUCCAAUCGAGGUGUACCCGAAUCUCUCAUUGAUGCAAAAGAUAGAUCAGCUAUCGCUUUGGUCAUGGCUCAGGGCAGUCCCACACUAAAUGAAGCCGCUAACAGUGUAGCUACUGUCCAUGCCGGGAACAGCAGUCCCACGGUGGAUGCUGCCGGACUGCAUCCAGUCGUGCCAGGGCCACCUCGUCCAGCCGUGCCGAUAGUAAAAAUUGCCAAACUUGCAAAAUCCAUCUAA